GGAUUCUUUUGGAUUCUUUUUUUUUUCCCACCAACAAAAAAAAAAAAAAAAAAAAAAAAACGUAAGCCGUGUUGAUUUUGUGAAACGUGUUAAUUCGAAGCUUGAUUAUUAGCAACAAUGGGCGUGGAUGUUGAGGUUCUUUCACCCGGUGAUGGUCAGAGAUAUCCAAAAACUGGACAAACUGUCAUCGUUCACUACACAGGAACAUUGACAAAUGGUAAAAAAUUCGACUCAAGUCGCGAUCGCAACAAGCCAUUCCAAUUUAAAAUUGGCAAAGGUGAAGUUAUCAAAGGAUGGGAUCAAGGUGUUGCCCAAAUGUCUAUUGGUGAACGUGCAAGACUUACUUGUUCACCAGACUUUGCUUAUGGUGCACAAGGACAUCCAGGUGUCAUUCCACCAAAUGCAACUCUCAUUUUUGACGUCGAGCUUAUUAACAUCAAGUAAAUAAUCAUUUUUACUCAAGCAAGACAUGCCAAAUUUGAUUAAAAUAAUUUCGAUAAAUCAUCAAUGUAAUUUAAUAUUAAUUCAAUGAAACAAAAAUAAUUACUAUUAUUUAAGUUUAUCGUCGCAAAACGCACAAUUAAUAUAAUUAUCAUCUGAUUUAAUCACAAUAAAUAAUACUUAAAAAAUUUCAUUUUCAAAUUUAAUAACAAUUUUACAAAUUAUUCAUUCCUGAUAUUAAAAAAAAUAAAUAUAUAUGUAAUUCAUGUUUGUAAAAAUUCUACCAGAGUGGUUUCAAUUAAAUAACAAAAUCUGAAAACUGUUUAAUUAA